AUGAAGAGAGGCGGCUCGGGUAAUCGCGAUGAUGAUUUGCUGCGAUCGUUCCUGCCACAAUCAUUUGGUGCCAAGAAGCAGAAGUUGGAUGUGAGCGAAAAGUUGAACGAGACCAAGCGCACCAAGAGGGUUACCCUCGUCCGCAAACGUAAAAUCACAGACGAAGAUGCAGAUGGAACCGAGGAACAGACCAGCGAAUCGGGCAUCUCCGUCUCGGAAGCCAGCAAGGCCAUCAUCACAGAUGAAGGCCAGUCGCUGCUGGGCAAGAAAGGGUACGUCGUGAUCGGGCCGCCCAAGCCCAAGACCCGCAUCGUGGAGGAGAUCGAGGAGGUGGAAGUCGAGGAGGAGGAUACCGAGACCAGCGAGUACGACAAGUUGCUGCCCGUUUCGCACGAAAUCAAGCUCAAGGGCCACACCAAGGCGAUCACUGCGCUGGCACUGGAUACGGGCGGUGCGCGUCUGCUGACGGGUUCGAACGACUACAUGGUGCGAUUCUGGGACUUUGCGGGCAUGGACAGCGCGCACCGCUCCUUCCGCGACGUGGAGCCACACUCGGGCCAUCAGGUGCGUUCGCUGUCCUACUCCAUCAACGGCGACCAGUUCCUCGUCACCACCGGCAACGCCAAGGCCAAGAUCUACUCGCGAGAUGGACAUGAAAUUGCGGAGUGUGCGAGGGGAGACAUGUACCUGCUGGACAUGGGCAACACGAAAGGCCACGUCGCUGCGCUGACACAGGGAGUGUGGCACCCGACGGAUCCCAACACCUUCAUGACGUCCGCGGCCGACAGCACGGUCCGACUCUGGGACGCCAACGACGUAACCAAGCAAAAGACGGUCAUCAAAUUCAGGGACGCCAGGAACACCACCCGCCUGCCAGUCUCCGGAUGCACCUUCUCGCCUGACGGUUCCCUCAUCGCCGGCGGUGGUGAGGAUGGCUCGGUUUGGAUCUGGCCGACCAAGGGGCCCUACGCGCGGCCCAAGCAGAUGCUCCGCAACGCUCACGGCGGGGAUAUCUCGUGCCUCACGUUCUCCAAGGACGGAUACACGCUUCUCACGCGCGCGCAAGACGAUACCGUCAAGGUUUGGGACACGAGGAACUUGAAGCAGGCGGUCAACACGAUGUCUGAUCUGGUGAGCUUCGGCAACACGGAUGUCAUCUUCAGCCCCGACGAACAGUUCAUCGUCACCGGCACGAGCGUGAAGAAGGGCGAGGGCACCGCCUCCCUGGUCUUCUUCGACCGGAAGACGGGCGAGAAAGUGCGACAAAUUGCCGUUGCUGGUGGCAGCGUGAACCGUCUGCUCUGGCACCCGAAGCUCAACCAAAUCAUUGCGGGCUGCGGAGAUGCGGUGGCGCGCGUGUACUACGAUCCCAUGCGGAGCACCAACGGCGCGCUGCUGUCGGUGUACAAGCAGAAGCGGAGGAAGGACCCGUCGGACAGCAUCCAACACUUUGCCAUCCACACGCCGCACGCGCUGCCCAUGUUUAAGGACCAACCGUCGGCCAAGAAGCAGAGGCUCAAGGACAGGCAGGACCCCGUCAAGUCCCGCAAGCCAGACCUUCCCCUCAACGGCCCCGGCCACGCAGGCCAUGUGGGAAGCUCGUUGACGCACCACAUGAUGAAGACGCUGAUCAAGAAGACGGAGAGGGAGGUCGACCCGCGCGAGGCCAUCCUCAAGUACGCGCAGGAGGCCGAGGCCGAUCCCUACUGGUUCCGGGCCUACAAGGACACCCAGCCGGCCCCCAUCUUCAACCACGAGGCCCUCAGGCAGGAGGCCGAGGAGGAGAAGAAGAAGGCCGAAGAGGCCGAGAAGAAGAAGCGACGAGGCUAG